UUAAACUCGUGUUGAAGAUGAGAAGAAACAAAGAGGCUACACUUCAGCUUUUAUAAACUCUAGAGAGAUUAUUUAGCGAACACGACACAACUCCUGCCUUUAUUCAUUAUAUCCUGGCUCUUGACUGUCAAUUCCUCUGUGAAAGCGAUCAGGAAUAGCGGACUUUUAACGUGUUCAUAUGUAAACAGGCCUGAUGGAGGACACACACCGUCAUGAGAAAAUGAGUGAAAAAACUGACUCAGUGAAGAGAAAAGACAAAGAAUGUGUCACCUGCCCUCAGUGUGGGAAGAGUCUGGCACACAAACAGAGUCUCAGGAAACACAUGAAGAUCCACACUGGAGAGAAACCAUUCAUAUGUACUCAGUGUGGGAAGACUCUUGCAAACAAACAGAGUCUCGGGUGUCACAUGAGGGUCCACACCGGAGAGAAACCGUUCACAUGUUCUCAGUGUGGGAAGAGUUUCAGAAACUUAUCAAACCUUAUUAAUCACAUGAUGAUCCACACUGGAGAGAAAACACAUCAAUGUGAUCAAUGCAGCAAAACAUUUUUGAGGGCUUCAGAUCUGAAGAGCCAUCUUAGAGUUCAUACAAAGGAGAAGCUUUAUCCAUGCUCUGACUGUGGAAAGAGUUUCAGACAUCAAGUUAGUUUAAGAAAUCAUCAGAAGAUGCACACCGGUGUGGGAGAGUACAGGUGCUUUGAGUGUGAGAAGACCUUUAUUUCGGCUGAAAAUUUGAAAAUACAUGAGAGAAUUCACACUGGAGAGAAACCUUACAUUUGUUCACUGUGCAAUAAGAGAUUCAGUCAGUUUGAACAAAUGAAAACACAUGCGAGGGUUCACACUGGAGAGAAACCGUACAAGUGUUCACACUGUGACAAGAGAUUCAGUGAUUCAGGAAAUCUGAGACAACAUGUAAGGAUUCACACUGGAGAGAAACCGUACAAGUGUUCUCAUUGCGACAAGAGAUUCAGAGAUUUAGGAAAUCUGAAAAAACAUGAGAGGAUUCACACUGGAGAGAAACCUUACAGGUGUUCCCACUGCGACAAGAGAUUCAGACAGUUAGGAGGCCUGAAAACACAUGAGAGGAUUCACACCAGAAAGAAACUGUACGAUCACACCGAAAGCAGCGAGAGCGUCAAAGUAGCCGUAAGUCAAUGCCUGAUGGAGGACACACACCGUCAUGAGAAAAUGAGUGAAAAAACUGACUCACUGAAGAGAAAAGACAAAGAAUGUGUCACCUGCCCUCAGUGUGGAAAGAGUCUGGCACACAAACAGAGUCUCCAGCGUCACAUGAGGGUCCACACUGGAGAGAAACCAUUCACAUGUUCUCGGUGUGGGAAGAGUUUCAGUCAAUUAUCAAACCUUAAUAUUCACAUGAGGGUCCACACCGGAGAGAAACCAUUCACAUGUUCUCAGUGUGGGAAGAGUUUCGGAGUAUCAACAAACCUUACUAAUCACAUGAUGAUCCACACUGGAGAGAAAACACACAAAUGUGAUCAGUGUGGAAAAACAUUUUUGAGGGCUUCAGAGCUGAAGAGCCACCUUAGAGUUCAUACAAAGGAGAAACUUUAUUCAUGCUCUGUGUGUGGGAAGGGUUUCACACGUCAAGAAAAUGUAAGAAACCAUCAGAAGAUCCACACCGGUGUGGGAGAGUACAGGUGCUUUGAGUGUGAGAAGACCUUUAUUACGGCUGAAAAUUUGAAAAGACAUGAGAGAAUUCACACUGGAGAGAAACCUUACAUUUGUUCACUGUGCAAUAAGAGAUUCAGUCGGUUUGCAGAAAUGAAAAUACAUGCGAGGGUUCACACUGGGGAGAAACCGUACAAGUGUUCACACUGUGACAAGAGAUUCAGUUAUUUAGGAGAUCUGAGAAGACAUGAGAGGAUUCACACUGGAGAGAAACCUUACAGGUGUUCACACUGCGACAGGAGAUUCAGUGAUUUAGGAAAUCUGAGAAGACAUGAGAAGAUUCACUCUGGAGAGAAACCUUAAAGGGGUGGUCUACAGUGUUUUAUAAAGGUUUGAUUGUGUUUAAGGGGUGCAAAACAAUGUGUGUUCGUGAUUAAUCUGUAAAAAAUCAUGUUAUUUGUUCACAUAUCUUACCUUAUACAGCUACUGAACUAUCAUGAAAAUGACUACUAUAUUUCCUGGUUCCGUCUAUAAGGCUCGCCCUCAACGAGCUCUGAUUAGUCAGCUAACCUAAGUGAAGUUUAUUUAUAAACUAAUUUCGAGAGUAACACGUGCUUAUGAUUGAUCACUGCUGAUCCCGCAUAACCAGAGUUUCUUAUUUUAGUUAUCUUCGCCUAGAAGAAUCUCCCUUUCCACUCCUACACCUCCACCUUUCCCUUUCUAUGGUGGCCCAGUGGUUAGCACCAAGGGUGUCGCUAGACCUAAUUUCGCCAGUGCCCCAGUCAAUGCUCUGAUAUAUGAUUUACUUCAUAUGCAAAGUGUACUCAUUAAGAGUGGUAACCCCGUAAUAAAGACGUUAUUCUCUAUGUGCACCGAACUACCGCUGGUAAAAGCGAUGUAGUUGAAUCAAAAAGCAAACUGACGCAUCUCUGCAUGUGCGCAGAAAACUAAACCCAGGUGCGGGUGCCUCACACACCGCUCCUGCUGGACCCUGCUUGAUGCGUUGCUCUUCUCCCGGUGCGAGUCCCGGUUGUUAACAUGCACGACGAAUAAAAUACUUGCUGCUCACGCGCCACUCAUGUGUUGUGAAAUUGACGACCUUUAAUGCGGAGGUGACGGC